AUGGCUGUUAUGGUUAAACUGAAUGUUUCUUUACUAAAAGAUAUUAGUGAUGAUAUUGACUUCUGUUUCAAGCUAGCUAAAGAAGAAUCCGUGAUUCUUCUUCCAGGUCUUACUGUAGGUUUGAAAAACUGGGUUCGUGUAACUUUCGCUGCAGAUCCAUCUUCUCUUGAAGAAGCUCUUGAUAGAGUGAAGUCUUUUUGCCAAAAGCAUUCUCAUCAACAUAAGGUUCAUAUUGAUUUAGUAUAACAUAAUUCAAGCAAUACAUAUUUUUUUACUUCAUAGUCAGAGUCCAUGUAAAUAUGUAAUUACUUUUGCUCACUUGAUGUUAUUCUGUUAGUAAAAUGUACAGCA